CGACGGACAUACCCCUGUUCAACACGGAAAUAAAGCACGAAAAAAUGGGCGGCAUUUAUUCCGAAAACAGCAAGCGGGGUGGGCACAACAGUAAGCUCAGUUCCUAUUACGACGCCGAUACCUACUACGAUUACGAGGCAGACCAGCACGGCUACGGGGCUGGGACAGGUGCAGGAGGUUGUUCUCUGGGUGGGCCACAACAAGUGCAGAUUGGGACGUUACAGAUUUCUUCGUGCAACCACCGUGUGACAAGGUUCAUUUACCGAGAGCUGUACGCCAGCGACCACUUGUUUGCGUUCGUGCGGGAUAACGCUCUCAUUCAUGAGCUGGAAUACUGCGACUACGACUGCCUAGCGCGGUUCCUGGAUCGACAUUUGCGUUUGGCGCCCAAGAAGUGUCGUGACGUGAUGCGAAAAAAGAUGAACUACUAUGGCCAGACGCACUACGGCGGCUCGUCUGGUGGGAAUGCGAGCUCUGCACAAUACAAUUCCCAGCAAUACGGAACCAGUACGGCUUCGUGGCAUCGGCACUACCAGCAGCACCGCAUGAAAAAGAUGCUUUUGAGCAAUUACAGACAACAACACAAUUACGU